CCCAUUAAACGACUAUAAAUAGAAACGAAAGGUUCUAGUUUUUUUUAUCAAAAGUCUAGUGUUUCUCUCCAUCCUCCGACUCUGUCUCCACCCACUAACUACUCUCUCACUAAACUAACCGAGUUAUCAUGGGCAAGAACAACAAUAACAAGGAGAACAAAGGAGAUGGCGGCGGCGGCGAGAAGAAAACGGCGUCGGUCACCGUCGUUUUGAAGAUCGAUAUGCAUUGCGAAGGCUGCGCUUCCAAGAUCGUUAAAUGCGUUCGUACUUUCCAAGGCGUUGAGACUGUGAAAUCAGAGUCAGAGUCUGGGAAAUUAACGGUGACCGGAGAUGUAGAUCCGGCGAAACUCCGGGAGAAACUUGAAGAGAAGACGAAGAAGAAAGUCGACUUGAUUUCUCCUCAACCCAAAAAGGAGAAAGAGAAGGAGAAAGACAACAACAAGGACAAAACUAAAACCGAUGAAGACAAGAACAAAGAAAAGAAACCAGAUGAGAAGAAACCCAAAGAGGCGGCGGCGACAACGGCGGUGUUGAAGGUGGACUUCCACUGUCAAGGUUGUAUCGGGAAGAUCCAAAAGACUGUCACUAAAACCAAAGGUGUGAAUGGGCUGACAAUGGACAAAGAGAAGCAGCUACUGACGGUGAAAGGAACAAUGGAUGCGAAGAAGCUCGCCGACGCUUUGUCCGAGAAGCUGAAACGUAAGGUGGAGGUCGUGCCGCCGGCGAAGAAAGAUAAAGAGAGUGGUGACGGGAAAGAGAAGGAGUCUGGGGACAAGAAGAAAGGAGGAGACGGCGGCGGAGGAAAGGAUAGCAAUGGUGGUAACAAAGGCGGCGAGGGGGUGAAUGCGAUGGAGUACGUGGCGGCUCAGCCUGCUUACGGGGCAGCGUAUUAUCCGGGUGGGCCGUAUGGAUACCCGAUUCAGUCCCACGCGCCGCAGAUGUUCAGCGAUGAGAACGUGAAUGCUUGCGUCGUUAUGUAAGGCGGCGGAAGAAAUUGUAAAUAUGCUAUAAUUUGGGGUACUUCCGGGGAAUACUAGUUUUUAAUUUUUGGGUUUUCUACGACAGUUUCAGUUUUGAAUUUCUCCUUUUUGUUUUUUGUUCGUUUCUAAUUUUUAAUUUAAAACAUGCAAAUAUUUCCUACGUUUAAUAAUAAUAUUUUUAGUAUUUUUUCA